AUGUCUCCCCGGCCUUGCCUGUCUCCCCCGUCUGUUCCCCAUGUCUCCCCGGCCAUGUCUGUCUCCUCCGUCUCUUCCCCAUGUCUCCCCGGCCUUGCCUGUCUCCCCCGUCUGUUCCCCAUGUCUCCCCGGCCAUGUCUGUCUCCCCCGUCUCUUCCCCAUGUCUCCCCGGUCUUGCCUGUCUCCUCCGUCUCUUCCCCAUGUCUCCCCGGCCUUCCCUGUCUCCCCCGUCUGUUCCCCAUGUCUCCCCGGCCUUGCCUGUCUCCUCCGUCUCUUCCCCAUGUCUCCCCGGCCAUGUCUGUCUCCCCCGUCUGUUCCCCAUGUCUCCCCGGCCUUGCCUGUCUCCCCCGUCUCUUCCCCAUGUCUCCCCGGCCUUGCCUGUCUCCCCCGUCUCUUCCCCAUGUCUCCCCGGUCUUGCCUGUCUCCCCCAUCUCUUCCCCAUGUCUCCCCGGCCUUGCCUGUCUCCCCCGUCUCUUCCCCAUGUCUCCCCGGUCUUGCCUGUCUCCCCCGUCUGUUCCUCAUGUCUCCCCGGUCUUGCCUGUCUCCCCCGUCUCUUCCUCAUGUCUCCCCGGCCUUGCCUGUCUCCCCCGUCUCUUCCCCAUGUCUCCCCGGCCUUGCCUGUCUCCUCCGUCUCUUCCUCAUGUCUCCCCGGCCUUGCCUGACUCCCCCGUCUCUUCCCCAUGUCUCCCCGGUCUUGCCUGA